UAAAUUCCAGUGUAAGUGGGUGGUCAUUAUGUGACGUCAUAUCCCUUACGGCAAGCUGUAGUACUCAGCUGUCGCUGUCAUUAUCCUGCUUCAACUUUUUUUAUGUUUAAUAUAUGACUUCAUUGAUAUUUGGAGUUAUUUUCUGAGGUAAUUGUACUUGGUGCUUAUGCGGGACCCGUAACGUGCAAUGUGGAUCUCUCGAUGGUGAUUUUUUUCUUCUUAGAUUAUGAAUGUGUUUGGAAAGCAACACUAGAUUGUGCUGUUUCAAGACAAGAUGUCUGGAUCUUUGCAAACGUUUAAUACAUCUCCAGUGAAGAGUGAUGGCUUUCCACAAAAAAGAUGUCCUGUUUGCAGGAAUAGUUACUGUAAUCCUAAAAUACUGCCCUGCCUUCACACACUGUGUUCAGGUUGCAUACAGGCAUUGGAGACUUUUGCUGUAACUGAUCCUCGAGGGGACCUGGAAUCUGGCUCUGAGGGGUCGUGGCACGAAGACCUUCCUGUAGUUAGUAUUUUGUGUCCAGUGUGUGAUUCUCAGGUAGAACUGCCCCCAGGUGGAGUGGUGGCUUUGAGCAGUGAUUAUAUGGCACAGAAUGAAGUUUUCCUGGAGAGUCUUCAUACUGAGGAUAAACAUUUGGUUUGUGAUUUGUGCAGUGAAGAUAAUGCAGAAAAGUGGUGCAACAUGUGCAGCGUUAAGCUGUGUGAAUUCUGUGUCAAAGCUCACAGGAAGCAAACCAAGACAAUGUCCCAUAAUGUGGUGCCCUUGCGUGAUAUCAAAGGUUCUAUCAGGGUAACUAAACCUAUCUUGUGUUCAUUUCACCCUUCUGAAGAGCUGAAGCUUUUCUGUGAAACAUGCGACCAUCCAGUCUGCCGAGACUGUGUUGUCACUGAGCAUCGUGAUCAUGCUUUUGACUUCACUAGCAGAAUAAUUAAUAAACAUGGAGAUUACGUACGAGAACUUCUUAAAUGCACACAGUUACACAUUGGAGCACUAGAGGGAGCCAUAGAAGGAAUUGACAAUACUAGUAAGGCAGUGCAGGAACGUGUGGAGGUGGUGGGAGAAGAAAUCAAAACAUUUGCACAGAAUUACAUGCGAGCAAUUGAAAAGCACAGAGACAGACUGCUAAAGCAGCUGAGUGACUUGAAAGUACAGAAAGAAAAUGCGUUGUAUUUGCAGAAGCUUCAAUUAGAGCAGCUUCUUUCUGACAUGAGAACUGGACUGACUUUUACAGAACAUCUCUUGACAAAUGGCUCAGACCUGGAGAUCCUGCUGACCAAGGGAGUGACAGUUAGUCGACUAAAGAGACUGAAUGAAACCGAAUACAAUAUUCACCCAAAAGCGGAUAGUGGAAUUCGUUUUACACCACAAGAGAAGGCUGGUCGCUGUGAUGGUUUUGAUAUUUAUGGGGCCAUUGUAUCCACAGAAGCUGACCCAUCAAAGUGCAGUAUUCAAGGAAAAGGGCUCUGCACUGCUCAUCUGGGACAGACUAGUGAGUUUGUCUUAUUAUGCAAGGAUGUGAGUGGUGAGAAGAUGGGCAGAGGAGGGGAGCAUGUCCAGGUCAGCAUCGUUCACAAAGAGAAGAAAGACUGUAUUCUGAAACCAUCAGUCCAAGAUAGUAAUGAUGGAACGUACCUAGUAUCAUUUAUCCCUCAAGAACCGGGAUGCUAUUCUGUUUGGGUGUGCAUUAAGGGACAGCAUAUACAGGGCUCACCUUUCCCUCUGAUGGUGAAGAGCAAGUUGCGUAAACAUCGUGGAGUAUUUCAUUGCUGCACAUUUUGCUCUAGUGGAGGAAAAAAGAAUGUGAUUUGUGGCUGUGGAGGUACAAUGCCAGGUGGAUACCAGGGCUGUGGUCAUGGACACAAGGGACAUCCUGGGCGCCAUCAUUGGUCCUGCUGUGGAAACCUACUGGAAAACUCUGAGUGUUCAGAAUUUGUUGGAAAGAGUGCAGGCAAAAUUCUAAGGACUGUGGCAUUGUGAUUUAGAAGAUUUCCCAAAAGGGAAAAAAUAUUCUGUGAAACAUGGUGAGCAGCAAGAUUCUUCACUGCCACUUAACUGUCUGAGUUUUAUGUGCCUUCUUUGUACUGAAAACAAAACUUAUAAAAACAACUUCCAAAAAGCACUUUGAA